UUUCAGAACACAUCUUAGUAUCUUAUGGCGGCUGCAUGACAGUUACUUUGCGGUACAUCGUUAACAACUAAUAAAGACAUAAUUCUGCAUUUGCCUGCCACUCUAUACAUUUAUUAAUUAAAUAUGUUUCGUAAUCAGUACGACAGUGAUGUAACUGUAUGGAGUCCUCAGGGACGUCUUCAUCAGGUUGAAUAUGCCAUGGAAGCUGUGAAAUUAGGUUCAGCAACCUUAGGCUUAAAAAACAAGACUCAUGCUGUAUUAAUUGCAUUAAAAAGAGCAACUUCUGAGCUCUCAGCUUAUCAAAAGAAGAUCAUUCCCAUAGAUAAGCAUAUGGGAAUCACGAUCUCUGGUCUUACUGCUGAUGCCAGGAUGCUCAGUCGUUAUAUGCGUACGGAGUGUCUGAAUUACAAGUACUCGCACGAUGAUGUACUUCCAGUGAGCCGUUUAAUAGCUGCCCUGGGAAAUAAGAUGCAAACGUGUACACAGCGCUAUGAUAGGCGUCCUUAUGGAGUGGGUCUACUCGUUGCUGGAUAUGAUGAUCAAGGUCCACAUAUUUAUCAAACUUGCCCAUCAGCAAAUUAUUUCGACUGCAAAGCAAUGGCGAUGGGUGCUAGAUCUCAAAGUGCUCGCACAUACUUAGAGAAACAUUUAAAUGAGUUUGCUAAUUGUGAGCUAAAUGAACUUGUGAAACAUGGUCUUAGAGCUUUGUUGGAUACUUUGCCCAAUGAGGAUGCUCUUACGAUCAAGAACGUAUCUAUUGCGAUAGUUGGAAAGGGUACGGAAUUCACGAUCUUGGACGAGACUGCAACUGCUGAUUAUUUGUGGGAUAUGGAAGGUGAGGAAGAGCGAGGUAGACCUACUGAGCCUGAUGUGGAGCAAGACAAUCGACCUCCCCAAGUACCACCUCCAGAUGAAGGUCCCCGUGAUCCUAUUCCAGCCGUCGCCAUGGAUACUGAGUAAAUCAGUACUUGAAAUCAUUUCUACAAUAUACGUUAUAAUAAAGUACUUGCUUUUGCUUAAA